AAGAAGACAGAAGCAGCAGAUCUGGGUUUUAUAUCGAAGAAGAAGAAUUAAAAGAAGAAGAGAAGAAGGAGUUUGCCGGGCAGACCUGUUCAGAUGGCAGAGGCAUACGUGAUCCAACUGGAACUAUGGAAGAGCUUUACUCACUAUUAUUGAUAACUGGCCAUGUCCUGGCUGAUGAAGGACAGGGUGAGACACCAUUGGUUCCAAAGGCUAUACAAAGACAAUUUAUGGAUGCAGUGGAGACGGACAAACAUCCAGUUGUUAUACUUUCUGGGUAA